CAAACGUUGUUGCCCCUGUUUCCACCCGGGCCGCCUUUGUUGUAAAACACCUGUAACUAAACCAGCAGCGGUUCAGCUGCAGACUGAUGAGCAGGAAAUGUCCGGAGCUGCAGGCGGAGCAGAGCCGCCUUUAAACUGGAUCCAGCGGCAUCCCACGUAUGAACAGAUGAAGGAGCUGCAGGUGGAGGACGGGGAGCAGAUCCACGCAGCUUUCCUGGUCUACAUGGAUCUCACUGAGGUGCGGCGCUGGAAGGACGUCUCCUGCGUCAGAAGUCCAGAGCUGCAGCUGGUUCUGCUGGAGGCCAGAGAGAAGGAUGGAGCUGCUCCUCACACCGUCCUGCCGCUGCCUGUAGACCGGCGUCUGAGCCACAGGAGCAUCCGCCUGCUGUUGGACCGGGGCCUCCCUCUGCUGCUGUGCGCCGUGGCGCCCGACUCUACCCUGGUCUACCAGAGGAUGAGCGACGGGCUGGUGACCCCUGACCCGCCUGCCGGACCCUUCGAGGACGUGGGGCGGAGGCAGCACCGGAAGAGGCGGCAGCGGCGCUGAGACCUGAAGCAGAGACGUCCGUCUUCUAAUCCGGGCCGGCGGCGCGGAGAACGGCGCCGCCUUCCUGGCAUCCUCCGCACCUUAACGCGGGCUUCCUCCAGGCUGCGUGCGGAGCGCCUCCGCAUGGCGGCAGCCAGGAAGUGCUGCCGCCAGCAGGCGGCUCGCUGCAUCACAUGAAGGCCGGGUGAACAUUUCAAUAAAAAGAUUUAAAGCUUGAAGG